CACUGGUUAAUUACUAGUAUCUGUGAAGGUGAAAUUCCAAAAUCGAGAGUUGUGGAAAUGGCAGCGAUAACUCGGCUUCACCCUCCUUCUCUCUUGUCCUCCUUCAAAUCUUCCUCCUCACUCAUCAUUCGCUUCCCCUCUUCUUCUACCCUCUACUCCCCUCGCCGUCUUCGCAGUCUCUGCUCCAACGCCCAGGCUCAGGUUUCAACUGCGGAAGCCAAUGGAUCAAUAGUUGGGGAUCUACUGGACUACCUCAACGAGUCUUGGACUCACUUUCACGCUACCGCCGAAGCUAAACGACAACUCAUUGAUGCUGGUUUUCAUUUGCUGAAUGAAAAUGAUGAGUGGGACCUUAAGCCUGGUGGACGCUACUUCUUUACACGAAAUAUGUCUUGUUUGGUUGCGUUUGCUGUUGGAGAGAAGUGA